AUGUCUAUAGACCACAUAGCUUACUACACACCGACCUCGGUCUUCAAGGAUGAGAUUGCUUUCUUGACUGCAAGUCUCAAACAUCUGGACAUCGUCGAGUUGGUCCGAAUACCCGGCAUGGACAAUCUCGUAGGGUUGGGCAAAGGUCAGAAGGCGUUUCUAUGGGUGUCCGGGCUUGACGAAAACAAGAGAACCAAACUGGGAGACGCGAUGCAUGUCGCAUUGGCGGCAGAGUCUCAGGAACAGGUCGACAUCUACCACCGAGAGGCACUCAAGGCGGGUGGCAGAUGCAAUGGGCCACCAGGGAUCAGGGAAGUGUAUCAUAAGGGUUACUACGCAGCCUUCGUUCAUACACCGGCUGGCAUGAACUUGGAAGUCGUGUACCAUGACUUCGGGUGGCUUCAGAAGUAG